AAAGGAAGAAUGGGGGUGGUUGUAGCAUCUUAUAUGCACUAUAGCAACAUAUGUGCCAGUGCUGACCAAGCUCUAGAUAGAUUUGCUAUGAAGAGAUUCUAUGAUGACAAACUAUCGAUAGGAAUGCAUCCUUCACAGAGAAGGUACGUACACUACUUUGCUGGCCUUCUGUCUGGAGCAAUUAAGAUGAACAACAGUCCUUUGUAUCUUCAUCAUAUUAUUGUUCAUGGUAUUCCAAAUUUUGACUUCAAAGGAGGAUGCAAACCUUUCAUCAAGAUCUACCAAGGCAUGCAAGCAGUCUACACUUCAGGAGUGUAUACUGCCACUGAACGGGCCAAGCGUGUGAUUUUAACUCUUGACCCCAGCCUACCCUUAAGAGGAGACAUACUUGUAAAGUGUUACCACAAGAAGCAACGUUCCUCUGGGAGGUCUGUUGUUUUCAAGGUUCAAUUUCAUACUUGCACUUUGGACAGUGACACUCUUGUUUUCAGAAAGGAUGGUUUGGAUGAAGCUUCAACAGAUUCCCGCUUUCAUGAAGAAGGAAGAGUAGAAUUCCAGUUUUCUUAUAGUCCAGACAAUUACAGAGGAAAUGGUUCAAUAAAAGAUGCUAUGAUGCCUGUGGAUAACACCGGGGACCCUGUAGUCAGAUGGGAUUCCUAUGAGAAUUUCUACCUUGCUCCAACAGAUUCAGUACAUGGUAGUUUGGAAACUUUAGAAGCAGAACUGAAUAAAGUUCCUCACACAGAAGGCCCUCUGGAUGGCAGUCUCUAUGCUACAGUCAGUAAGAAACCCCAUGGCUCUUUGGAUCAGUCUCAAACCACUGAUGAACUGGGUGAUCUUGAAGGACCCCACACAAUUAGCAUGGAUUCUGGAAUCUCAAGCUCUUCAGGGGCACAAGGACAAUCAACUUUUCACUGUCUUCUGCCUGGUCAAACCAAUGGAGUUAAUGGUCCACCCUCACCAAACACAGUAGAAGUGGAAGUCCAUCGGACACCUGAGAUAGAAACUAACUACAAGCUCAAAUCCACAAAUUACUCUGCAAAGGAUGAACAAGCACAGCUGGAUGAAUUGUUGGAUGGAAUGCUUCGAGAAAUUCAGAGCAUUCCUGACAGGCCUUGUUCUAAUUUGCCUUUUAAUCCAAGUACAUAUUCACCCAUCCCAACUUAUACAAACUACUCUACUCUAUCAAAUUCCAAAGUUUCUCAAUCACGAAUCCCAAAAUCCUCACACCCAACUUUUGUCCAGUCUUAUUCUCCACCAGCUGGUAUUAUUCAAGUUAAUGGUACAAAAGAAGUUCUAUGUCCAGUGGAAAAUUCAGCCAAAUCCACAGCCAAGUGGACUCCUGAAACAAUGUCCAAUGAAUCAGAUGACCAUAGUAUACCUUAUCAUGCAAGAAAAUCCAGUGUACCUUUUUCAUAUGGUAUUACUCCAGACAGUCCUGCUUUACACAGACGAAAAACUCUUUCAGAAUCCCCCAUCUUACCAAGUACUAAGCAAGACCUAUCUUCCAGUCCUGAGCCCAUCUACUCUAGAGGAUAUGAUGAUAGUUCCCUCACAUGGCUUCAAAAACAACAGCUUAAACUAAAAGCAAGAAGAGAAGGUCAUGGAUGGGAAGACAAGCAGAUGAGGGAGCAGCAGCUAAUUGCUGAAUUACGAAAUACACAAACAAAGAAGUGUCCAUCUUCAAACACCCAGAUCUUAGAUGAUGGAAUGUUAACAUCUGACUUUUCAUCUUCAUCUAGAGAAAAUUCACCAGGAAAGAGCUUUAGCUAUACUAUGCCACUCCAUGUUCACACCCACAAUGGUCACACUACAAGUCCCCCAUCAACUUCAGGAUCUUACACCACAGCUAAACCUCCCAUCUGUAAGGGAACCAGCGCACCAUCUUCACCGAUCAUCCCUUCUCGUAGUAGUAGCCGUGACAUUACCCGCAGCAGAUAUCAACAGUGGCAGGCUAACAACCGACCUUUGGUAAGACAACGUUCUGAUACUUCUUAUGACAGAGAGAGACCUUUUGUGUCUGUGAAAAAGGCUCAUCAACAAGCUCGUGAGCAGAUGGUCGUGAAUGGUACAACACCACAACAAGUGAUCUCUUCUACCAUGAUAUAUGGAACAACAUAUCCUUACAACCAGCAUCAAGUUAACUUUACACCAGGAAAUUCACAGACACUCCCUGCUGCAAAACCAGCUCCAUCUGAUGGCAGGGAAGCUGAAAUAUCCAAUGAUGAUGGUGUAGGUGUAGAACUCCUACAUAUAUUGUAUGAUACCCCUGGGUUUAAACCAGUCCAGAAGUCUCGAUCACCUGAACCUGGAGCCGGUUCCAUUUCCAAGCUGGAAGAAUUAGAGCAAUCACUUCAGGCCAUGUGUUCUUACAAUCCAACCCAGACUCCUCAGACAUACCCAUGUUACUCGCAUUCUACUCCUAGUAAAGCUGCAAAUAACAAUGGUCCUUAUACCUCAUCACACUCAGUGGUCAGCUCCAGCCCUCCAGGAAGUCCCACAAGAAUUGGAGAUCGUCCAGUCACUCCAGCUUUUCCUGUGGGCUGCAGAGCUCUUGAUACUAAUCGAGAAUCUCCUUCACAGGGUGCAGGUCUUCCACCUAAAAGUCCAACCUUAUCUCGAAAGGAUCAGUGCUGCCCUUCUCCAGCUACAGUUCAAGCUUUGCGACAAGGCUUAGCUCAUGCACAUCCAGACACAGUACCCCACACAGCUAAUGGACAGAGCUCACCAACAGUGUACUUUGGGCAAUCUCGUCGCUCCAGCAUGCUGUCUCUAACAGAACCCUCAGAAGUAAUCAGUCAUCAUCCAGUCUUUGUAAAGGACACAUCAAAGUUCUGGUACAAGCCAAACAUUAGCAGAGAAGAAGCAAUCACCAUGUUGAAAGACAAGCCUCCUGGUACUUUUGUGGUACGAGACAGCAACUCCUUCCCUGGUGCCUUUGGGCUUGCCCUAAAGGUAGCAACACCUCCUCCGAAUGUCCAGAAUAAAUCAGGGGACAAUUCAAAUGAGUUAGUGAGACAUUUCCUGAUAGAACCAACUUCUAAAGGUGUUCGACUGAAGGGAUGUCCAAAUGAACCUGUUUUUGGAAGUUUAUCAGCUUUGGUAUACCAGCAUUCUUUUACUCCACUUGCUCUGCCUUGCAAACUUUUACUUCCAGCAGCAGAUUCUAAUGAAGAGUCAACUGAAGUUAUUCCAGCUGAAGAGACAGGUGCUGUAUCACCUUUACUAGUUCAAGGAGCUGCCUGUAAUGUGCUAUACCUCAGCACAGUGGACAUGGAGUCUCUUACAGGUCCUCAAGCUCUUCGAAAAGCUAUUGGAGAAACUUUAGCAGCCAAACCUGAACCAGUACCAACAGUUGUUCAUUUCAAAGUCUCUGCUCAGGGAAUUACCCUUACUGAUAAUAACAGAAAGUUGUUCUUCAGAAGGCAUUACCCAUUGAACAACAUAAGUCACUGUGGGGUUGACCCAGAAGACCGUCACUGGGAACAAAAAAAUAGUGAAGGACGUAUAAUAAGUUCCAGUCAUUGUUUUGGGUUUGUGGCCAAAAAACCUGCCAGUAAGACUGAUAACCAAUGUCAUGUUUUUGCUGAGCUGGAGCCAGAACAACCUGCAUCAGCCAUUGUCAACUUUGUGACAAAAGUCACGAUGUCAGCGUCACUCCAGACAAAAUCUAAUAUCAUCUAGAUAUCUGAGAUGGAAGCUGACCUCACCAAUAUUGUGCAGACUUAACCUUGGUGAAAUUUGUGUUUUGGCUAACUCCAACUUGCAUCAUGAACAACGUUCAUGCUAUAACUAGCUUGGAUAUAAGUUGUAGCUGACUUGAACUUCUAUCAUAACUAACUGUGGUCAGUGCUGUUGCUAGAAUAAAUGGUCAUCUUUUUUACUUGUUAUAGCUAUAGAUAACCAGCAUUGUGAAUAGAAGCAUUUUAUAGUGAUUAGUUCUUAUUGCUUGCUAACUGUCACUUGAAAUAUGCCUAACAAGAUGAGGCAUAAGCUGUUGCUGGUUUUAUUUGCAGUAAAAUGAUAUCUUUUGGAGUUUAGUUUUAAUUUUGUAUAACUCAGAUUUUUCUCUAGCACUCUGACCUUGGCAGUAACCUAUUACUCAUGAAACCUAGCUGUAACUUUCAUGAACAUGUGUAAAGUUGCUAAAAAGUGACUGACUGGUAACAGAUGGUUUGAGAAGAGCCAUGGAGCAGCUGUUCCUCAUAGACUGCCUAAGAGAAAGGAAUAAUGGUAAAAUAAAUGUGUGAAAACAAUUUGGAAGCUCCACAAAGAAAACCAACUUGGAAUGUGAAUAUUGUAAGAGGAUUUUUCACAAUCACUUUAUAAUUUUGUUUUCUUCCUCUUUGGAUUAUUAUUAGACUGAGGCAUCUCAUUUACUAACAGAAUUGACAAUUUAAAACAGAAUGAAGGUUAGAUGGUAUUUUAUGGAAUGUAUAUUAUGUUGAAGUAGACAAACUAUAGGAUAUUUAGUGUAUAAAUAUUUACAUGUGGGAUAACUAAUCUCAUAGUAAUAGUUUGAAAUGCAUUUUGCUACGUGUCUUCUGACAUAUAUAUAAGACAUGUGUAACAAAAUACAGCUAAACGGCUGUAAAGAAUAUUGUAUUCAUUUAAAACUUGGGAUAUUAGAAAUCACAUACAAUAAUAAAAAUCACAAAACAAGGAAGUUGAUAAUCAAAACAUUUCCAGAAGGUAGAACUUUCAUCUUCAGGAAAUCAGUUUUCCUCUGGAGGAAGAAGACCUGCUUCCCAAAAGAGUUUAGGAUUUGUUUUUUAGUGUGGCAAAUAUUUUAGAAUGAGUGUGUGACACUUUCAAAAUAUAUAUAAGAUUAAUGAUACUAUUUACAAGUGGGUAACUGUUUUAUCAAAUUUUGUUUUAUCCUAGUUUUAUUACCAGGUGAUUUCCAUUUCAGAAUAACUUGUCUUACCAAAGUAAAUAAAUGAUGCUAGAAGUUUCACAGUUGAAAACACAAUUUUGGAUUACUAGAUGGUAUAUCUUUAACUAGUAUGUGCUUAUCAUUGCAGAACUGCUUAAGUUGAAAGGCACCUGGUCUCCUUGUAUUGUACAAGAUUAUGACAUGGUGCUAUUUCCUAAGGAGACUAACUUUCAUACUUAGAUUUGAAAGGAUAAGUGAAGAAUGCAAAAACGAUUAUAUGUGGUUUUCUAUAUUGCAAAUAAAAGUACUAAUUAGAAUUGUUUAGUAGCUUCUUGAGAAAAUGUAAUAAGGUUCUUUUAAUGCUCUAAAUACAAAUGUGUUUGCAAUACUUUAACUGAACGUUACUACAUGUUCUUCUGAAACCACAUUCAUGCCACAUUUAAGUAUAGUUCUAAUGUUAUGUUUGGUGAGAUUCUGAAAUAUUCUCAUCUCCAAAACCUUAUUGUUAUGUGCUAUAUAACUUAAUAAUAUUACUGGGCAGCUUAAAGGCCAAGAACCUCAUUAAAAGUAAUUAAACAAAACAAAAGUAUGAUCACAGUAUAUCAAUAUAUCGCUCCAGUAGUGAGUUUGGAAAAGAAAAGGGAACACUUCAAGUUUAUGAGGUAUUUUUCACCUUUAAUAGAAAAUAUUUUUCUACUUGUUACUCAUGAAAGGGUUAAACCAAACAGAUUCACAUAUAAUAAGUAAUUACAAAGUGCCUCAAUAUCUAUAUAAAAACUAAUUAAAAUGUUUAAAAAAAUGAUUAUAUAAAUUAAUUAGAUUAUAAUAAACUGUUUCAAGAGGUUCUCUAAACUGAUAUAAAAUUGUGAUUCAACCUUUAGUAAACUUGUUUUUGUUUGUCUAGACUCUAGAGCAUUACAAGUUGUCAAAACCAUGUAAUUAAGGCAAGGUUCUUACCACAGUGUACGCAAAAUUAAAUUAUGAAAAAUUAAAAUAUGUUAAUAAAAGCUUUUGGAAAAGUAAUAACUCCUAGUUUAUUCUGAUCUAUUUGAUUAUCUGUGUGAUCAGGAUUAAUAAUAUUAAUUUGUUCACAAUGUUACUGUGGGAAUAACCAAGUACUCUAUGGGUGUACGUCUGUAUUUGCUUCUCCGCGAUUAAAGACAUCUACUAAAGUUAUUUUUUGAUUUGAAGCAACUUAGAGUAAGCAACUGGUGUAAUUUUUUAAAAAUAUCAUGAAACUUUACAAAGUAUUUAGUGUACUGGGUUUAAUAUUAAUGUUGUUUUUUUAAUUUGUAAUGCAACUAAUUUAUCUCAUGAUGUGAUAACUAUGAACAUUUUGCCACUACCAACAUGUUAUUAUGAAAGACUAGUUUUUCACUAUUAACAGACUAUGAGAAGAGAAUCUCCAAGUGUGAGUGGGUUAUAUUUUGGUUUAACACAAAAUACACUGAAGUAAUCUGGUGAAGUUGCAACAAGCUUAGAAUCAGUCACCAACAUGUAACCAGUUUUUGUUCCAAUGUACUUUUUAUAGAUAUGUCUCAAAGGAUAGUAUUAAGAUAACGUGUUAUAGAUAGAUGUAUUUUGUGAUAAUGAGUUGUUUCAAUAAAUUAGUGAAAUGAAUUUCUGAAAAUGUUAUCAAAAGAUUGACAUACAACCUUUUCAAUAGAGAAAUAAUUUAUGAAAAUUGUUGUUGCUUUUUAAAGUUUUAUCUUGUCUGUGUAGUCGAUCUUUCUCAAUCAGUGUGCUUCCACUGGGUAGUUAUUGCUUGACUGGCUAAUUAAUACUAAUAAUAUAAUAAUUACUACCAUUUUAUUUUAUAUUAUGGUAUGACUUUAACAGCAUUUUUGUUCUAAUUGUUUUCAUGGGUACAUUGGGAAUCGUCUAAAACAUUCAUUCAUUUUUAUCAUUGAUUUAAAGCUACUAAAUGGUGAGGCCAUAAUCCUGUGCCAAGAAGCUCUGUAGAAUGUAUAGUUUUUGUUGCUUGAAUAAUAAAUUAUGAAAAGUUA